CCGAAAGCGGGAAGAGGAGCUUCGACGCCUACAAUCAUGAGUUGGCUGUGAGGGAAGCUUCAUGAGUGACUGUGAAGAUUCAACUUGGUUUUCCUCACCACCUCAAGACAAAAAGGUGGAGGAGUUCAAGCCUGGAGAAGAGGAUGGACUGGAGCCUUUUGCUAACCCAGGAGAAUCAGUUUCUGCUUCUCAUGCUGUGCUCUUAAGACCUGUUUGCUCAAACCUUCAGAAAAUCCAAGCUGUCCCAGCUGUCAGAGAGAACAAUACCCCAUCACCUGCAGCCUCCUCCACUAAUGAGUUUCAGCCUCACUCUGGCUGCUCAGAGAGCAAACCAAUGGUGCUGUGCACAGAGCAGGAAAAUGAACUGGCUGAUGCCCAAGCUGAACAGACUGGAGACACAGAGCAGGUCAAGCGUUACUACCUGACAGCUAAGAAAUUAGACUGCGUUGUGGAAGCAUCCGAACAAGGAGAGUCUAACAAUGCCAGUUCCUUUCUGCCCCCUUGUGAGAGCAAACUGGAUGAAAAGCAGAAUGUAUCCCCCCAGUCCAGUGAUGAACCCCAUGCUGAGACCAAAAACAGUGGUUCACUUCAGAAUGAAGGUGUAGUAAACUCCCCCAUGGUUCCAGACCAGGUUACAGUCUGUGCUGAUCCCACUGUGAGGUCUGCUGAUAUGGAAACGGGUGAGGUGCUUUCUACUCCCCCUUUGCAAAACUCUCUUUGCCCUGACACCAGCCAUCAGUACAGCCAGCUGAUAGAGCUUCUUCACCAACAAGAGGAGAAGUGUAAGAGAUACUGCCAGCAGUUCAGCCAUAUGGGCAACAUUACUGAGACCACAAGGUUUGAGAGUCUUGCAGAAGAGUGUGCUUCUCACACUGAAGCACUAAGGGUAGCAAAGGUCAAGGGAUAUCCAGUACCAAAGUUUCAUAUGGAGGAUCGCACCUUUAAUAUCUUCAGGAUUAUUCCGGAGCUCAGUGGAAGCGACAUGUUGCUGACCAUCGUGAGAGGGAUUAAUCUGCCUGUUCCUGAAGGCAUUUCUACAAAUGAUUUAGAGACCAGCGUGCGCUUCGAGUUUGCUUUUCCCAGUUUGGAAGAAGCUCAAAGGGAUCAAACACGUUCAGUCAAAAACUCUUCUAGUCCAGAGUUUGGAGAGCAGUUUACACUCCACAUUAAGCGCAACCACCGAGGCUUUAAGAGAGUCGUCCUGUCUAAAGGCAUCAAGUUUGAGAUCAUUCAGAAAGGUGGUCUAUUUAAGACUGAUAAAGUGGUGGGCUGUGCUCAGCUGAAGCUGGACUCCCUGGAGAGCAAGUGUGAGAUCAGACAGCUAAUAGAGGUCUUCAAAAGACGGAGUCCUACAGGGGGGCACCUGGAGGUGCGGGUGAAAAUUCGGGAGCCACUGAGUGGCCCUCAGUCUGAAACAGUGACGGAGAAAUGGCUGGUCCUGGACCCCUCCACCUUACCUUUGGUGGUCGCUACUAAGCCUCAAAUUCAAGAUAAUCCUAUGAAGCGGUUCAAUAACAGGUCUGCCACAUGCAGUGUUCUCUAA